AUCACCACCGAUAUUUUGUAUAAUUACCCCUCUUGUUCGAUACCUUUAUUGUUCGGCGAUCCUUACUUUUUAUUGCCACUAGAACGCCAUGUGGGGUCGAGGACCAUCUCGUCAAGGGCAGCAGCCUUACUCAUACGUCCCAAACGAUCCUCCACAGCGCACCUCGCCCUAUGGUAAUUCCCCAAAUCCUCCGUCUGCACCACUCUCGAGCAAUACCAAGCCAUAUGAAACACCCUACGUGCAUACGGGAUACGAGAAGCGCGGUGGGGGCACGCAUUAUGCGGAACCCAACGGAGGAGGGAACUCUGUCGUCCAUGUAGUAACAUCACCAAACGAUGAGUUGGCUCUAUCCAACUGCGUUAUUGUUAACCCCCAAGAAUGGCGUGGCGUCCAGUAUGCGUACAUGAAUCGCAAGUUCCCCGUCAAGUUCCGAUACGAUGACACCGGCAAAAUACACCCAGGUCAAGUGGGCUGCUCAUCUAUUCAGCGUCAAUGGAUGGCUCUCUCCGCACGGGGUGACCAGGCCGAGCUUGAGCCAUUGAAUCCUGCAGAUCUUGGCCCCAGCAUCUACCUCGGAGGGCUCGACCUUGAGGUCGGCUUCAACCUGUCAAAGCGCAGAGAUGUUGAGGAACAGUUCGAUUCAGAGGACAUGGCGAGGUCGUUCAUCCGAGCAUUCAAUGAACUCAUCAUCUCAAUUGGCCAGAUCCUUAUAUGGGACUACCACGGACAUGUCCUCAAGGUCUGGGUCAAGUCUUUGCAUGUGGUUGACCUGGGAUCCCUCCAACCCCAGAAAGGCCAGCGAGCACGAGGUGGCUCCAUUGGAGCCGUAGGAGCCUCCAGCUUGCAUUUCGGCAUCCUGAACGACCAGACUGACAUUGCAAUUAUGAAGGCGCCUGAUAGUGCAAUCAAAAUCAGAUCAUCUGCCAAGAAGGCAGCACCUAAUGCUAUUCUUGCGCCCAACUUCAAGUUUGAAGAUAUGGGCAUUGGCGGUCUAGACUCUGAGUUUACUGCCAUCUUCCGUCGUGCCUUCGCGAGUCGUGUCUUCCCACCUGGCCUGGUUGAGAAAAUGGGCAUCCAACACGUCAAGGGUAUCCUACUAUAUGGCCCCCCCGGUACUGGAAAGACGCUUAUGGCUCGCCAAAUUGGAAAGAUGUUGAAUGCGCGCGAGCCAAAGAUCGUCAACGGCCCUGAGAUAUUGAAUAAGUACGUCGGCGCCAGUGAGGAGAACAUCCGUAAACUGUUCGCAGAUGCGGAGAAGGAGUACAAGGAGAAGGCCGAGGAUUCCGGCCUGCAUAUCAUCAUCUUUGAUGAGUUGGACGCCAUCUGCAAGCAGCGUGGUUCGACAAAUAACGGUACUGGUGUUGGUGACUCUGUUGUCAACCAGCUUCUCUCCAAGAUGGAUGGUGUCGAUCAGCUCAACAACAUUCUCAUCAUUGGUAUGACCAACCGUCUGGAUAUGAUCGAUGAGGCUCUUCUGCGGCCCGGUCGUCUAGAGGUUCACAUGGAGAUUUCCUUGCCUGACGAGAGAGGCCGACUGCAGAUUCUCAACAUCCACACAUCCAAAAUGCGUACCAACGGUGUCCUGGACAAGGAUGUCGACCUAGGCGAGCUCGCAGCGGUCACCAAGAAUUUCAGCGGUGCCGAGAUCAACGGUCUGAUCAAGAGCGCGUCGUCUUUCGCGUUCAACCGGCACGUCAAGGUCGGCACCAUGGCUGGCAUUGGUGACGAUAUUGAGGACCUGCGCGUGAACCGUUCCGACUUCCUGCAAGCCCUCGAUGAAGUACAUCCAUUGUAUGGUAUCUCCGAGGAGGAGCUUUCGUCUGUCGUUCAGAAUGGCAUCAUCCACUAUGACGCCGUUGUGGACGAGAUCCUCAAUGACGGACGACUUUUCAUCGAGCAGGUGCGGACAUCACAACGUACACCACUCGUCAGCAUUCUUUUACACGGACCUCCUGGGAGUGGCAAGACCGCUUUGGCGGCUACGAUCGCCAUGGCCAGCGAGUUCCCCUUCAUCAAGAUCAUCUCACCCGACCAGAUGGUUGGCUUCUCUGAAAGUCAAAAGAUUGCUGCAAUCGCGAAAACGUUCAGCGAUAGCUACAAGAGCCCUCUCAGUGUCAUCGUUGUGGACCAGAUCGAACGGCUGAUUGACUGGGUGUCUAUCGGGCCCAGGUUCUCCAACGGUGUCGUCCAGACGCUAACGGUGUUGAUGGGCAAGCGGCCACCUAAAGAGCGCCGCCUUUUGGUCAUUGCAACUACUUCAUCCCGGCCCCUGAUUACGGAAAUCGAGAUGGCCGACGUGUUUGACUCUGAGAUACGCGUGCCGCCAAUCUCUGACUCCAAAGCCCUGGACACGGUGAUCCGGGAAUUGAAGCUUUUCGGUUCCGAGGCGGAGUAUCGUUAUGCGAUGGAGAAACUGAGGCAGGCAGGUCUUACUGGAGAAGGACAUUUGAACAUCGGUAUCAAGAAGUUGUUGAGCGUUGUAGAGAUGGCACGGCAGGAACCGGAGGCGGUGGCAGACCGUUUGGUGCAGGCGUUGAUGCAGCUAGCGCCUCCUCCAGGUACCAUGAUUGUCUAAUUAUUCGUAUUAGAUGUACGCAUUCGGGAGGUAUUGGC